AAAGUCGUCGGAUAACUAACCACCAAGACGGUGCUAACAAAAACUCCACCACUGCUUCGGAUCUCAUUUACACAAUAUUAUUAUUUUUUACACGCACGUAUGAAUUCAUACAGUGAUGAUGAAGCUUUUAUUUAGUUAAUAAUUUAUUAUUUUAUUUUUUGUAUAUAUUUUUCUAAGAAUUUUACAGUAUGAGGAAGAAGCUCGACACUCGAUUUCCUGCGGCCCGUAUCAAAAAAAUUAUGCAAGCUGAUGAAGAUGUAGGGAAAAUAGCCAUGGCAGUGCCUGUAUUAGUUUCUAAAGCUUUGGAACUAUUUUUGCAAGACCUUUGUGAUCGUACAUAUGACAUAACACUUCAAAGAGGAGCAAAAACUGUUAGUUCAUUGCACUUAAAACAUUGUGUACAAAGAUACAAUGUAUUUGAUUUUCUGAAGGAGGUCGUCAGUAAGGUUCCUGAUUACACACACACUGAGGCUGGUGGCGAUGAUGUUAAUAUGACCAAGAGAAGGAAAAUUACCUCCGAAGAAGCCAAUGAUAGUGAUGAAGAAUCAAAGAGGAACCGGGUGCAUGAACCAAGCCAAGUGAGCAGCAGCGGUAGCAAGGGAAGAGGCAGGGGAAGAGGAAGAGGCCGAGGUAGGGGCCGGGGUGUUCGAUCGGCAGAUAAAGAGGCUGCCCAAACUGACUUUGACUAUGACUCUUGCAACAAUAACCGAAUAUUGGUGCCUGUAGCAGCAACAGAGGUUGCAGAUGAUGCUUCAGAGUUGAAGGAGGUUCCCAAAGAUAGUAUCAACAUCAGUAAUAAUUCUAAUCAAGCUUCACGGAACUUUGACUUGAAUGCUGAUUUAGAUGAUAAUGCUAUAGAUAAAACUCCCACUGAGGCUCCAAGCCUGCCAUCAGCGACGCCAACAGCACCUAGAAGUGAAGAUGAGUAUCCUGGAUGGCCUCUUUCUGAAAUGGAUAGGAUACCCAUUGAUCCUGUUGAUCUUGCAAAGCUCAAUUCAAGGAUGGAUGAUGAUGAUGAAGAUUAUGACGAAGAAGGUUAAAUGAAAGAAGCUUAUGAUAAAGAAGGGUAGUUGAAAGAAGUAAAGCUUGUCCAGUUGCAAUUAAUUGUUACAGCGGUGACAGGUAUAGGCAGAUAUUGGCAGAAGUACCUGUUCUUUAGGAUUAACAUUUCCUCUUGUUUUCAAUUAAAUAUGUUCAUAUAUUUCUUCUACUUGUAUCUCAUCAGAUGAUCAUUCUCUAAAAGCUGUUUGCUAACGGGAGUUUUAGAGGUAGGAUGUCCUCAGGGAAGGCACUUGGUUAAGUUAGUUAAAUUAGUGACAGUAUGAAUGUGUUGACAUGGUUGCGCAUGUCUCCGUACAUGGCACUAUUACGAUUUGGAAAUCCCUACUAUAUUCGUACA